AUGGCUGUCUCACCGGUGAAAGCCGCAAUUCAGGAGCUGUUAUACAGUUUGCUUUCAGUCAACUUCUUUCGAACAAAUAAAUUCAGAAUUGGAUUGCUAGAAGAUUUAAGGAUCGUGCUGCAGUAUCUUACUGUGAUGGUCGAUGAAGCUGAGGAGAAGCAGAACAAAAACCCAGUUGUUAAAUUGUGGCUGGACGAGCUUCAAGAUGUUGUCUACCACACAGAGGAUCUCGUGGAUGAGAUGUGCAUUGAAAGUUUAAGACACAAGUUGGAUGCUGAAUCUCAGACCAAGUCAUCCAGUCUGGAAUGGAAUAUCAAGGUGAUAAAAAAGAUGAAGGAGUUGCUUGACAGAGAUGCUGAUAAAGAUGCUAUUAUUAGUCUUUUGCUGUCUGAUGAUGUAAAGAGUGAACACUUGUCUGUGAUUCCGAUCGUGGGCGAGGUUGGGGUUGGUAAGUCCACUCUUGCUCGGCUCGUUUACAAUGAUUGCAGAGUAAGUCAACGUUUUGAGAUCGAGGCUUGGUACCCCGUUAAUCAUAAGAUGACAAAGGCAAUUUCUGAGUUGUUUAGUUUGCAGUCUUCGCAAGAGAGCCUUAAGGGAAAGAAAUUUCAUUUUGUUUUGGAUGAUGUGGGGAGUUUUAACUAUGCAGACUGGAAAUCCAUACAAUCUACUUUGACUGGUGUGGCAAAUGGAAGUUGUGUUAUUGUAACUACACGCGAUUCAGAAGUUACAUCCAAGAUUAGCAUUGUAUGUACUUACAAUAUAGAGUCACUGUCAAAUGAAGAAAGUUGGUUGAUGUUCACAAAAUUUGCUUUAGGAGACCAAAUUCCUAGUUCAUAUCCCGAAGUAGAAACCAAUGGCAGACAAAUUGUGCAGGAUUUUUUGGGCCUGCCAUUUGCAGUAAAAGCACUUGGGCUUCUCUUGCGCUCUAAGCCACAAGUUGAGGAGUGGAGAGUUGUAUUGGACCGCCUAAAGCAUUUUUCUUUACCUACAGGAAUGGGUUAUGAAUUUGAGAAAGAGAAGUUGGUUCUUUUAUGGUUGGCAGAAGGUCUUUUGCAAAAUCGUGGAAAGGAAGAUGAUGGUAUCAAGUGCUUUGAUGAAUUGUUAUCGGAGUCUUUUUUUCAACAAUCAAGUGCCAAUAAUUCACGUUUUCUGAUGCAUGAUAUUGUGGAUGAUUUGGCUGCUCAUCUGUCUUGGAAACAUAUUUUCAGAUUGGAGGAUAAUAAUUUGUCUCAUCUCUGUAGAGGCAAAUAUGAUUCCUCAGUGAUAUUUAAAAGUAUUGAUAAAGCCAAGUUUUUAAGGACAUUCUUGCCAUUAGAUCAUGAAUCAUGUCGUUUAAGUAGUAAUGAACUGCAGAAUAUGUUGUGCAAACUGCAAUUCCUGCGUGUGCUUUCUUUAUCUCAUUAUAAUAUCACUGAGCUACCUGCUUCAAUAGGCAAUUUGAAACAUUUACGGUACAUUGAUCUCUCUCACACUGGAAUUAAGUGGUUACCUGAAUCAGUUUGUGCUCUAUGCAAUUUACAAACAUUCAUAUUGUCGAACUGUCAUUCUCUGACCAAAUUGCCAGAAAACAUGUGGAGGCUUGUUAACUUGUUUCAUCUUGAUAUUAGUGGAACUGACAUAAAUGAGAUGCCAAAAAACUUGAGUAGAUUGAAAAAACUUCAAACACUGCCUUACUUUGUUGUGGGCAAAAGAAGUGGCUCGAUGCUUAAAGAGUUGGGGGGUCUUCGGGAUCUUCAUGGAACGCUUCACAUUUCAAAGUUGCAGAAUGUAGUCUCUGAAAAUGAUCCAGCUGGCGCCCGUUUGUUUACCAAGAAAUACCUUGAUGAGCUAGUGUUGGAAUGGAGUAACAGUACUGUUGGUCAGAAAAAUGUGCUUGAAGCGCUACAGCCUAAUAGUAAACUGAAGAAGCUCAGCAUUAAUUUUUUCUGCGAUACAAGAUUUCCAAAUUGGGUGGGGCAUAUGUUAUUCUCUGGCAUGGUUUCCCUACGUCUUAGCAACUGCAACAAUUGCUCAUCCUUGCCACCACUUGGACAGCUACCAUCUCUUGAAGUCCUUAUUAUUGAAUGGAUGGAUGCAAUGAAAAGUGUGGGUCCUGAAUUCUAUGAGAUGGAUAAGCCAUUUAAGUCUUUGAAGACAAUAUCAUUUGAGGGGAUGUCGGAAUGGGAAGGAUGGGUUUCAUUUGAAGUUGGAGGUGGAGAAUUCCCUAGCUUAAUUGAGCUUUGUAUAAGGAGAUGCCCCAAGCUGAAGGGAAACUUACCCAAGCAACUUCCUUCUGUAGCAAAAGUUGAGAUUUCUGAAUCUCAGGAGCUUGUGACUGCAAUUAUGACAGAGGCAUCAUUACACAAAAAGGACUUUACAUUAUCAGGACAAGGUUCUGUUCAUAAGUGA